AUCACGGGUUGGGUGAUGACAACAACGCAGUUUUAUCUCCCAAAGAGUGCACUUUGGCUCCCCGAGCGACAAGUCAACACAUUGCUACCUCUAUAUAUAUGCAGCAGGCCGGCUGAGGAGUUGAUCCGUUUUUCCUCAUCACACUUCCGGAAGGGAAUACAAUCCACCAUCAUGAACAAGCUCUUGGUUUUUACUGUGCUCCUUGCACUGCUAGCUGUCAGCACGGAAGGCUUGCGAAUGCCGAGGCAGGUUGACGAUGAGGCGCAAGGUCCCCUCACCAUGAUCUCCGAAACAAUCAAGUCCUACUACAGCAAUGCGGUGGACAAAGUUAACGACUAUAUAGACACUAUCAAGGGCUUGAAGAUAGAAGAGAAAGUCACGAAUCUUUACGCGGAAACCACCACUAUUUUGGGCACCUACAUUGGCAUCUUUCAGGAUCAGCUCUAUCACCGGUUUUACACUCAGCAGUAACAAGGAACUAAUAUGACUAAAUACCCACCGACUACAGCCAUUGCUGAAAUGAAAACAGACCAAACACCUUAAACAAAGUGGACUUCCAGGACAACAGGAGCAAGAAAACACUUUUUACAGCUGCUUUAGAUGAUUCAUAGGAAAAUCGUCAAGUGAACCUUCAAGCCACUCAGGCCCACCACACAUAUUGACCACAACUACAUGUCUUCAAAUAUUAAAAUUAUUUAUACAAAACUGC